AGGAGCCAGAUAGAUAAAAUCUCGAUGAACUUCAACUUCAACCGGAGUUAAUGAACAUUACACCACCAUCAUACCAAAAACGUAAGAAACAUGUCAAUUCAGUUUGUAAAGUCAACGGACGACUUCAAUAAGUAUGUGGCCCGAAACAAAUUUGUGGUAGCCAAUUUUACGGCUCUGUGGUGUGGACCAUGUCAAAUGAUUAAACCAGUAGUUGAUCAGCUCUAUAAUGAUCCUAGUCGUAGAUAUGAAAGAUUAGAGAUAAUUCGAGUUGAUUUGGAUCUGCAACGUGAAUUAGCCACCAAAUUUAAAGUUUCAUCAGUUCCAUCAUUUGUAUUUCUUGAAAAAGGUUCCGAAUAUAAACGAGUUAAUGGAGCUAAUAUUCAAGCCCUUAUAGCUGGACUUGAUGAAAUGAAUGAACGCGCUAAAAGUGAUUCAGAAGAAGUUAUAGUUAGACAAGGGAAUGGGGCUGUUCCUAAACCAGUCACAGAGAAUGCUGCUUAUGAAAGUAUUAGAGAUUUAAUUCCUCGGGGAUUUCAGACUUUAAAUGAAUCAAUUGAUUUUGCUAAUUUUCAAGCUUUAAAUGCCUUACCAUUAUAUAAGGGUAAAGUUGAAGCACUUAAGAAUGUAUUCAAAUUAACUUUCACUGAUGGUACAAAUACAGUAUUAUCAGAUGCUGAUUCUCAAAUCCUUUUCUUUGUACCAUUAUUGAAUAUUUCUAAAGUGUAUUCAGUAUUUAUUAAAUUUAAGAAUAUACUGAAAUUUGUACCUGCUGAAGGUGAAGAGUUAGAAUUAGAUGAAGAUGAACUUCAUGAUGAAACUCAGGAUCCUAAUAUAAUUAAGGUAUAUGCCAACCAAUUAAAUGUUCCUACUUUUGAUGAAGCAUCAGGAGCUCAAGCUCCUCAUUCGGAAACUAUAGAAAGAAUCGAAGGUAGUGAAUGGUUUGAAGCCAAGUUGAAAUUUGUAAGAUUCCAAUCAGUACAAAGUUUAACUAUCUUUUUAGAUGGAGAAAAUGAAGAUUAUCAUACAGUUAUUGAUAAGAUUGUUGUUGUGGGUGUUAGUGGUGAUAGUAAAGAGCAGGGCUCUAUUAAUAAAGGGGAAGAUGAGGAGUAGAUCAUACAUAGGUUUGUAAUUAUUAUAUGGUAUUAUUAUCAAUUGACUAAUAUUAGAAAUUGCAAUAUAUAGCAAAGUAGUAAAGUAGUAAAGUAGUAAAGUAGUAAAGUAGUAAAGUAGUAAAGUA